GGCAGCAGCGCGAGGAGGAUGCUGCGACGGGCGGGAGGAGGCGGCUCCUCGUCGUCGUGGGAGGAUAUGGUGGCAGCUCGCCACUACCAGCAGCAGCAGCAGCAGCAGCAGCCACAGCGGCGGGACGAGGAUCUGGCAUUGUUUCAAGACAUGCGCAUCCGGGAGGAGCACAACGGCAGCAUGGAGGCAGCAAUGGAUCAGCAGCACACUCCACUCCAUGGCAGCAGCAACGGCAAAGGAAGCCACAUUCGAGGAGGAUUAGCUCACGCGCGCAGCAGGGGAUCCAAUGAUCUGCUCACAUCCGAGACUGACAAGAACGACUACGAUUGGCUGCUCACUCCGCCCGGCACACCGCUAUUCCCAUCGCUAGACCGCGACUGGCUCGUCGCAAGUCCGACGCAGCGGGAGAGGGAGAGGGAGAGGGAACCUCAAAGGGAGCGGGAGUCGUCUCGUUGGCCGAGCAAGCUGUCCAGACUCUCUGCGCCCGAGGCCCAACAGCUGCUGGUGUCGUCGUCAUCGUCAGGUUCCUCUGGAGGAUCCGGCUCCAGGCUGUACACUAACAGCAUCGGCAGCAGCAGCGGCGUGAGGGGCAAUCCCAGUCCCCGAAGGCAGAGUGCUCCGCCCGCUACUACGUCCUUCUCCUCCUCGAGACCCAAGCAACUGGUUGCCGCCACUAGCACCGCCACUACCACCUCCGUCGCCAAUGGCAGCAGCGGGAAUGCAAGGCCCUCCACUCCGACCAGAAGGCCGUCCACGGCACCAUCUCCUUCCCCGUCCCUCUCCUCGUCUGCUCGUCGCCCGUCCACGCCGACCCCAGCGCCCAGGAGCAGCACCAGCUCCAGGCCUUCCACGCCAACAAGGCCCUCGCCAGCUUCCUCGAGGUCAUCCACGCCAACCAGGAGAUCCUCCUCCUCUACGUCUACUCCCACCUCCACACUCGUCACCUCGACCAUGUCCAACGGCAGAAGCUCGCGGGGCACGUCUCCAGUUCGCCGGUCGCAGCAGCCAGCGGCAGCUCACGAGCGCUCGUCAUCGAACUCUCGCGGCGCAGCAAUCUCGCGAACAGAUUUGGGAGGUGCCGCAUCUACGUUGCCAUCCCACCUCACCAGGAGUUACAACCACUUGGACCGUGAUAUGUCUAGCUUCAGCAGGAGGGCCGUCACCUCCACAAACGACUCUCUAAUCCACCCCAAGUCGGAGCCACUCAGGAAGCCUGCCACAACAAAAGCUUGCAGCGGCGGCCCAAGGGAGACCUCCUUUUACGGGACGAGCAUCUCCAAGAAGUCGCUUGACACGGCGAUCAGGCAUAUGGACAUUCGCAGGAGUUCGCCCAGCGGCUUCCGUUCCGUCCCCGCGGUCACGUCCUCCUUCCCAAAGCCGACAACCAUGCCUCGCUCCUCGCAGCUUCAUCAGCAGCAACAGCAGCAGCAGGCGUAUGACAGAUUGCUGGCGUCGGAGCGGCAAGAACAGCAGCGGCAGCAACACAAGCAGCAAGACAAGAGCAAGCAGCAGCCGGUGGAACUGUUUGAGCACGAGUCCUUGGACGGGACGGAUAGCUUCCUGCUGGAGCUGACUGAAGCCAGAUUCCUGGAUGAGGCGGAUUACCUCAAGGACCCGCCAGACAUCAUGAAAUGAUUCGAGAGUUAGAUUCUUUUGGUUCGAUGUUACACUUGAUCUUCCUCGAUCGGGAAGUUAAUCAUCGCCAUCGUUAAAAAUGGGUUGCCCUUUUCUGUU